AUGUCCAUCGUGAAGACGGCGGACGGCGCCAGACUCACCAUCCAGGGUCGGCUCUAUUGGAAUGAGACGCAAUCGCCUCGACAGGGUCUUCGAAACACGGACAGCCGGGGCGCUUCGGAGGCCCUCAUCGACCGCUUCUUUCCCAAGACUACGCCUGACAGUGCUGCAUCGUCGCCCAUGGACUUUUACGAUGCCGCGCAUGUGCCCUCUGCAGACGAAACAGACGACACACUUUCCUCCGUGCCGGGGCUGGAGGCUACGUUGUUCCCGUAUCAGCGCAGAAGUCUCAAGUGGCUGCUCAGGCGUGAGGGCGUGCGAUGCACGGCAGCCGGAACAGUUGUGCGCGAUGAGCAGACCGCCUCGCCGAUCACCGACAGCUUCAGGCUCAUAAGGGAUACGCAAGGCCAACCGGCCUAUGUCAGUGACGUUAUGCAGACCAUCGUCCGAGACACUGUGCACUAUCGGCAAAUAGAAACUGCGAUGAGAGGUGGUAUCUUGGCGGAAGAGAUGGGUCUGGGCAAGACGCUGGAGAUCAUCGGCCUGGUGCUGAUGCAUCCCCGACCAGAUCCAGAACCAGGAGACGGCCCGCCCAGUGGAGGCACGCUGCUCGUGGUCCCUCAGUCUUUGAGGGAUCAGUGGGUGUCGGAGAUCGCGCGCCAUGCCCCGAUACUCCAGGUCGAGAUCUACAACGGGUGUGCCAAGUCACAGCCUGACAACGACGAUGCCUUGGUGAAGCGGCUGUCCAGCAGUGACGUUGUCAUCACAACCUACCACGUGUUGCAGUCAGAAGUCCACUUUGCCCGGGAACCUCCUCAGCGGUCACGCCGCACUGAACGCAAGUAUGAGCGACCGAAAUCCCCUCUGGUCAGGAUCAACUGGUGGAGGCUAUGCAUCGACGAAGCGCAGAUGAUCGAGAACGGCCUCAGCAACGCGGCCGAAACAGCGCGUGCCAUACCUCGCGUCAAUUCCUGGGCGAUCACUGGCACGCCCCUGAAGAACGACGUUUCGGACCUCUUCCACCUGUUGACCUUCCUUCGGUAUGAGCCCCUCACCACGCCGACUGUCUGGAAGUUUCUCGUGAAAGAGUACAAGCCUGUUCUGCAAAGCCUAGUUGGGACGAUAGCCAUCAGACAUACGAAAUCGCUUGUGCGCCACGAGAUAGCGCUGCCUCCCCAACACCGCUUCGCCAUCAGCGUGCCCUUCACCGCCGUCGAGGAGCAGCAUUACCAGUCGCUCUUCAAGCAGAUGACUGAAGCUUGCGAUGUUGAUGAGCAGGGCAAACCCAUUGUAGAAGACUGGAAACCCUCGGUCUACGAGGAGGCCAUGCGAACCUGGCUCAACCGCUUGCGUCAGACAGCACUGCAUCCAGAGAUUGGCGCGUACAGCAGACGGGUGUUAGGCCACAGCAACCGUCCCAUGCGGACUCUUGAUGAAGUUCUCCGGGCCAUGAUUGAACAAAGCGACAAUGGCAUCAAGGCGCAUCAUCGCUCUAUCCUCGGUAGCAGGCUGACCCGCGGCCAGCUGUACGAGAAUUCGCCGCGCGUACGCGAGGCACUGUCGAUCUGGACAGCGGUAAGGGAGGAGGCUGCUGCCAUGGUAGCCGAAGCCAGGGCAGGCCUUUCUGAGGCUAGCGCGCACUCCUCUCGUGCAGACAAAUCAGCGUCGUCGCUUGACAUGGAUUCGACCGAUGAUGAGUCUGUCGACAACAAGGGCGCGGUUCGCGCCGAGUGGCGACGCAAACUUCGACAGGCUUUGGAGACGCAGCACAAGGCAGUGUUCUUCUGCGCCAACGCCUACUUCCAGAUUCGAGAGAACACGGAAAUGACGGUGCCAGAGAGCGCGGACUUUGAGAAGCUCAAGGAGGCGGAAGACCAGGCAUACGAAGAGGCGAAACUCAUCCGAAAGGAGCUCCUCAAGAGCAGCCACCACAAAGCAAGUGGUACUAUGCAAAAGCUCUCGGAGAUGGCCACCCGCCAAAAGUUCACCGAAAUCGCCGAGUUGCCCACGGAAUUGCAUGGUGGGAUCGAGAGUAGCCGCGUUGCCGGCGAUCUGGAGGCCCUCCACGGUGCGAUGAAUGAACAAGCCAAUGUAAUUGACCAAUGGCGCGAGCACGCCGUUCAGCUACUGCUCAAGCCUCUGAUGGAUCAAGACGAGGACCCUGGCCUGGAGACUACGGGUGAAGAGAUGGGGGAUGCCGCGAAAAUGCAGGAAGAACUGAUUGUCUACGUUCAGGCCCUUGGUGCCGCCAUCGCCGACCGUCAAGAUGCCAUGAGUGGCCAGCCACCGAACGAGUUGGUGAGCUACGAGACGAAGCAGGCGAUACGACUGGCGAGAGAAGGAGGCGGGCCCAUGCCCGACAAGCUCCUUGAGCUGAUGCAGAUCCGGCAGCAGGUCAACCCUCGUGUGGCCGACUUUAGCAUGAGAGGGGCUCUUGCGGAUCUUCGCAGCUUGGCCACUCGUCUGAGCAAGGAGAGCAGCCAAACGGACCGGGUCCGUAAUGAGCACGCCAUCGCGGCCGCCAUGCUCAAGGCCACGCAGACGGCGCUCACACAGCAGAACAAGGCGGCGACAGCCCUCGAGUCUGAGCUCGAGUCGUUCCGUGACACGAUGAAUGCACGGCUGGAAUACUACCGACAGAUGCAGAGCGUUUCCGACAGCGUUCUGCCCUAUGAAGGACCCAAGACCGAGGAUGCGGCCGAGCGGAUGCUGAAGUAUGAAGAAGAUCUGACGCAAAAGCUGGCUUCUGCCAAGUCCAAACACCGGUACCUACUCAACCUCAAGGACACGGGUACCAAGUCGGACGAGGGCCGCCUUUGUGUCAUUUGCCAAACACACUUUGACAUUGGCGUCCUGACUGUGUGCGGGCAUCAGUUCUGCAAGCCUUGCAUGAAGACCUGGUACAGGGCUCAUCGCAAUUGCCCGGUGUGUAAGACUCACCUUUUGCCCUCCUCCCUACACGACAUUGUCUUCAAGUCUCAGGAACUGAAGCUGCAUGGGACCGAGAACGAACACGCCAAAGCCGGACAGGCAAGCCCCGAGGGCACCUCGGGUAUUCUGGAGAAGGGCACCAUCUACUCCCAAUUCGACGCCGCCAAGCUGUCCGAGAUACAGGACAUUGAUCUCGAAGGACCGUCCUACACGACCAAGGUCGACACCAUCGUGCGCCAUCUACUAUGGCUGCGGCAGAGCGAUCCCGGAGCCAAAUCCAUUAUCUUCUCGCAAUACAAGGAUUUCCUCAAAAUUCUGUCCACGGCAUUUGACGCGCACCGGAUCGGCUUCUCCUCCAUCGACGCAAAGGGUGGUAUUGAACGCUUCAAACAGGACCCGGCCGUGGAGGCCUUUUUGAUGCACGCUCGAGCUCACUCGAGCGGACUGAAUCUAGUCAACGCCAACAACGUCUUCCUCUGCGAGCCUCUCGUGAACACGGCGCUCGAGCUGCAGGCGAUUGCCCGCGUCGACCGCAUCGGGCAGCAGCACGAGACAACGGUGUGGCUGUACGUGACGCAGGGCACCGUGGAGGAAAGCAUCUACAGCCUCAGUGUGGAGAGGCGCCUGGAGCACGCUGCCCGUGCCGUCGUCAACGGCAAGGGGAAGGAGAAGGCAGGGUCGCUGGACGAAACCCUCGAGGCGGCCAACACGCUGGAGAUGGAGCAGGCUGCCCUCACUAAGCUGAUGAGCAAGGACAGGACGGCUGGCGAGAUGGUUGACAAGAAUGAUCUAUGGCAGUGUCUGUUUGGGCACGUUGCCAAGAAUGGGGCGCCCACAGGCGAGGAGGAGGCCAUGAACAAUUGA